CUUCCUCCCUGCUCCCAUUCACUUCCCGCAAAAUUAUCCAAAACGGCGUCCGGUGCUGGUGGCGUCCCUCGCCGCUCGGAGGCUGCGACACGGUCGCCCGCUAUGGACUCGCCGUCGUCGAACAGCAAUAUACACACUAUAGUCAAGGCGCAGAUUGUCUUCCUGUUGUCCACGCUCACGGAGGACAACUUUGAGCGGAAUCAGCUUGAGAUCCGGUCGCUGUCCGAGCAACAUGGGAUCGAUACGUAUCUCCACUUCAUCCGUCGCCUCAUUGUCCACUCGCAAGCGAGGCUGUCGGGCACGGCGCCGCCGUCCGCGUUCGAUACCUCGAGCGCGCUCACGUUCCGCCUCUUGAUCCAGGAGACGCAGCGCCUCGCGCGUGACCCCUUCCUCGCGGACCGCUUCCGGGACGGCAUAGACAAGGGCGAGGGUGAUGUGUUCAGGAACUUUGAUCUCACCCGGUUCGUGGACAGAGUGGGAUUGCGGCCCCUCGAGCGCCUGGUGCUCGCCGCGUCCAUCGUGUCGGUGCCAACGCGCAAGGAGCUCGCGAGCCAGGCACAGAACAUAAUCCGCACGGAGUUUGACAAUGCUGUCUUGGCGCUGUGCCAGCACCCGUCGUUCGACCAUGCGGACUUGUCCGUGUCGCAGCUCACGAAACUGAUGACGAACCUCCUCCAAGAUCCCCCGGACGACUCUCCGGUUCUCGAUGCGACGCAAAGACAAGCCCUUAUUAUGGCUGCACAGACGAAGUACGGCCUGGAUAUCGUGAUGCCCAUCGUAAAGCGGAUACUCCCUAACCUCACAUUACCUCCCGGCACGACUGUUGUGCAAGCGCUGCAGCAGCUUGGUCCAGAGAUCACUGAAGAUCCUGAGAUUGUCCUAGCUCUGUUCCAUCGCUUCGGUAUAUCGAAGACGAACCCUCCUCGAGACGAGCAGGUUAUCGAGAUAAUCUCAACGUUCGCGCGUCUAGCGACUGAAGGCGCUGUCUUGUGUGAUGUAUCGUCCGUUAUAAGGGCUAUUAAUAGCUUUAAUCUUGAGCUUGACUGGCCGGCGGUCAUCAAGUCGUUUGAUCGUCCGGAAAGGGCCGUCGAUACUGCUACCUUGAAGCUCCUGAUCACGAUCUUGCUAAGCGCUCCUCGGUUCGAACCGCAUGCUGUGGCGGGUUUCUGGUCUGCUUGGGAGAAUCCUAUGUAUCAGCUACGUCUCCUUGAUGCUCUGUUGUCCCUUCCUGCCGAUACGUUCAACUUCGUCUCCCUGCCUGGGAGGAGAAUCGUGACCGUUGAUGACGUAGCCAACGCCAGUCCUACCAUCAAAUCUCUUGCAGCCAAUGUGCAAGGCCAGACUUGGAACUCCCUGGAUUUGUUCGAAGUGCUGGUGACUCAUGCCGGAUCCGAGUCUCUGGAAGUGCACAACUACGUGCGUGAAAUGCUGGACAAGGCUGUAAAAAUCAGUGCAGAGCUUGUCCAUAUGGGCUUGUUGCAAGUCUCGCAAACCUCCUGGAACGACAUCCGUCUGGAGUACACUCAGAAACUUCUCGCCAUGUUCCUGGCCGGGCAUCCGAACCACCAGCUCGUCUUCAUGCGGAUCUGGCAAAUCGACCCCCCCUACCUCACUAAUGCUUUCCGUGACUUCUAUGAGGAGAGCCCACUCAACAUCACUAGAAUACUAGAUGUCGCCCAAGAUCUCAAAAUAUUAGACUCCCUUCUUGAAGUUCGCCCUUUCACCUUCGCUCUCGAUGUCGCUGCGCUUGCCUCACGCAGAGAGUAUCUCAAUCUUGACAAAUGGCUCGCGGAUAACGUCUCCGCUCACGGUGCGGAAUUUUUGCAUUCCGUUAUACAGUUCCUAGAUAUCAAAAUGGAAAGCGAGAAGGCAACCCGUAUCACUGACCCCGCGGUUGACCAUCGUACGAUGCCACUCAAUCCUCAGACUAUCGCCAUCUUCUUGCGAGUCCUGCGAAACAGCUCUUCCAUGUUGCACGAGAGCGACGUGGACUACUGCUUGGAAGUCCGCAACGCCUGCCUGCAGAUUCAUCCCCGUUUAAUGCCGCUAACCCCAGGAUCGGAUGCAGAGCCAGGUUUCACUGUGGUAUCCUAUUCGCCCGAAAUCGAGGCCGAAGUGGACGCGAUCUAUAAGCAGAUGUACGACGAACAAAUUACUAUCGAUGAAGUCAUAGCUAUGCUCCAGAGAAACAAGGCGUCGUCCAAUCCCAGGGAUCAUGAGAUCUUCUCUUGCAUGUUGCACUUCUUGUUCGACGAGUACAAGUUCUUUCAGGCUUUCUACCCUCCUCGGGAGCUGGCUAUGACCGGGUACCUCUUCGGCUCCAUCAUUCAAUACGAACUUGUCGACUACAUCCCUCUUGGCAUUGCUAUUCGCUAUGUCCUCGAUGCUUUGAACUGCCCUCCGGAGACGAACCUGUUCAAAUUCGGUAUUCAGGCGCUCAUGCGGUUCGAAUCUAGGUUGUCGGAGUGGCAACCGCUUUGCCAAGCGCUUCUGAAGAUCCCUCACCUACUGGAGGCGCGGCCAGAGUUGGUUCCUAUCAUCCAGCGGGCCAUUGCGAAUGCCCCGGAAGGGAUGGCCAACGGCACUGACUUCCGUGUCCUACCCCCUGUGGAACCUGCUCCGGUCUUCACUGCCAUUCAGCCCGACAAAAUCGAGGAUGAGCUCAUUGUACCACCCGAGGAGACUUCUGACAAGAUUCUUUUCAUCGUCAACAAUCUGGCCCCGAGCAAUUUCGACUCCAAAGUCACCGAGAUGAAGGAGUACUUCAAGGAUGAAUACGCUCGUUGGUUCGCCAACUACCUCGUCGAUCAGCGCAUCAGCACCGAACCCAACAACCACCCGUUAUAUCUCCGAUUUCUCGAUAUGCUGGACGGACCCAUCCUGCCCAAGUUCAUCUUGCACGAGACCUAUAUCAAGUCUGCAGCUCUACUGAAUUCCGAGAAGACCGCACAAUCGAGUUCCGAGCGAGUGAUUCUCAAGAACGUCGGGGUAUGGCUUGGCACUAUUACGUUAGCCCGCGACAAGCCUAUCAAGCACAAAAAUCUGUCUUUCAAGGACCUUCUUAUUGAAGGCUACGACAACAAUCGCCUGAUCGUGGUGAUUCCAUUUGUGUGUAGGACAUUGGAACCUGCAGCGAAGUCGACGGUUUUCAAGCCACCAAAUCCGUGGCUAAUGGCUAUCAUAAGUCUCCUCGCUGAGUUAUACCAUUUCGCGGAGUUGAAGCUGAACCUGAAGUUCGAGAUUGAGAUGCUGUGCAAGAGUCUUGACAUCGACCUGGACGGAAUCGAAGCUACCAGCGUUCUCCGAAACAGGCCCUUGACCGAAUCUUUGGCUGGUCCCCCACUGCCAGAUUACGUACCCGACAUCGAUGCGCUCCCAAUAGGGGGGUAUGACCCUGCCUCGCAGGUUUCCGAAGCGCAGGUUUUGGGUCUAGGGCCCACUAGUCCCUCAGACGCACAACGUGUCGUAGGGGCGCACAUAGAAUCUUUGCUGUCUCAACUCUCGCAGCGCGUGAUGAUCAGUCCCCAGCUACCGUUUGCGCAUAACCACGUGUUCAAGCGUGCUGUCCAGUUAGCUGUGGACCGGGCGGUGCGGGAGAUUAUCAUGCCGGUCGUGGAAAGGUCCGUCACCAUAGCUGGUAUAUCAACCCGAGAGCUUGUGGCGAAGGACUUUGUGACCGAGCCCAACGAAGAGAAGCUCCGUAAGGCAGGCCAUUAUAUGGCUCAGAAGUUGGCCGGGAGUUUGGCUCUUGUGACUUGUAAGGAGCCGUUGAAGAGUAACCUCACUACGCAUAUCAGGCAAUUCUUGCUGGAACAAGGCUUCAGUGAUCAACUCGUUACCGAGAGUGUUGUUAUGCUCUUGGUACAGGACAACCUAGACGAAGCAUGUCACGCAAUUGAGCAGGCUGCUAUGGACCGCGCAGUGGCUGAUGUGGACGAAGGAUUCGCGACGGCGUAUGAAUUGCGUCGGCGCCAUCGGGAGCAACGAACCGGGCAUGCCUUCUGGGACCAGACAGCUGGUGCAAGCAGCUUCGUUGCUAGUCUUCCUGACCCGCUUCGGAUCCGCGCCGCUGGGGUUCAAGCGAAUCAAAUGCUCGUGUACGAGGACUUCGCUACGGACGCGAGGCGACGUGUCACAGCCAGCCGACCUGGUUCUACUGUUUCGUACGCUCGGACUGAUUUCUCGAGCAUGGUCUACCCUCAAACGCCGGUGCAAGAUCUCCCGCUUGCCGGCGCAAGGUUGUUUACACAUGGAGAGGCCAUGCAACGUUUUGCUUUAUUGAACCAGGAGCUCGAGGCCUUCAUCCCGCAGAUGCCCGUGCAAUCUUUGGCUGCGCUACCGCCCAAUCAUGACCUGCGCCAGAUCAUCAGGCAGAUAGUCCUAGUCACCACUGAGUCACUGGAGGCCGAACGAACCGCCCUCCUCGUGUCCCAAAAAAUCGUGCAAUACUUGUACAGGACCCAGUGGCAGCUAGCACGAGAGAUAUACGUCGCCUUAUUAGAUCAACUGUGUCAAAACUUCGCGGACGUUGCGAAGGAGGCUAUCACAUGGCUCAUAUACGCCAAAGAUGACCGUAAAUUCAACGUACCAGCUACCCUCACUUUGCUACGCAGCGGCUUGGUUCAAGUCCAAACUCAAGAUGAACAGCUAGCGAAGCACCUGCACGUUGACCCUAAGAUCCAAUUGCAGAACUUCGCUGCCCGUUUGAUUCGAGAGUGCCUGUCAAUCGACCCGCCUAUCGGCUCUCAAACACAGUGGUCGUUCACAAUCGACGCCAUGGAUCAAUUGUCACGGGCCGGCGAGGCUAAUGAAGAGGUCACUCGACUGCUUGAUGAUCUGCGAGGCAUCUCUCGGCUUCCUAACUCAACAUCCGCCGACGGGCUUGGUUUCCCUGUGUCUGCGGCGAAGACGGAGACAGAGCAGCUGCGAGAGAAAUUGUUCAGUUGGUUCCAGCAAUGGGUCUCGAUUUACCAACGCUCGCCAUCCCCUGAGAAGGCGUUUGUUCCCUUCAUCACCCAACUCACUAAGCAAGGCAUACUGAAAGUGGAAGAUGUAUCGUCCUUCUUCUUCCGCGUCUGCGCUGAGUCCAGCGUGCAGAUGUACAUGAAAUGCGUCGCCACCGGCGAUUUUACGCACGCAUUUCAAGCGCUGGAUGCUAUGGCAAGACUGAUCGUGUAUAUCAUCAAGUACCAUGGUGAUGCUUCAGGGGUGAAUAACGACCAGGCCAAAGUCCAUUAUCUUACCAAGAUCCUGUCGAUCUUUGUCCUAGUCUUGGCGAAUAUGCACGAGGAGCAAGGCGAAGCUUUCCAGCAGAAGCCCUUCUUCCGAUUCUUCUCUAGCCUAAUCAAUGAUCUCCACACCAUCGAGGCACAGUUAGGCACUGCUUACUUCCAACUGUUGAUUGCCAUAAGUGACACGUUCAGUUCUUUGCAACCCACAUAUUUCCCUGGCUUCGCAUUCUCCUGGAUGUCCCUCAUUUCUCAUCGGUUGUUCAUGCCUAAAUUGAUGUUACACGAGAACCGAGAGGGGUGGGCCGCCUUCCACAAACUCUUACUGUCCCUCUUCAAGUUCCUGUCUCCGUUCUUGAAAACUGCGGACUUCAGACUGCCAUCCAGAGACUUCUAUCGAGGGACACUGCGGCUGCUUCUCGUGCUCUUGCACGACUUCCCAGAAUUCCUCAGCGAAUAUUACUUCAGCCUCUGCGAUGUUAUACCACCCCGGUGCAUUCAACUGCGAAACAUCAUCCUCAGCGCCUUCCCGCCUUCUUUGGUGCUGCCAGACCCUCAUCUGCACGAUGUGAAGAACACUUUGCCCGAGAUGCGAACUAUACCGCCUAUUCUGUCAGACUUCACCGCGAGCUUAAAGAAUGGCGACCUCCGCGAUAUCCUGGACCAACACUUGCUUGGUCGUGGGACGCCGUCGACGCUUCCAUCUCUAAAGGAACGAUUGCGUCUUCCAACUGUAUCUGAAGGGGCCUCAGAAGCUUACAACUUGUCGUUGAUUAACUCCGUCGUCAUGUACAUAGGGGUCUCCUCCGUAGCUCAGAGCAAAGCCAAAAAUGGGUCCUCUUUGUUUCUUCCGAGCGACCCUGGUGUGGUUCUCCUGCAAUAUUUGGUGGAGAACUUGGACGUGGAAGGUCAACACCAUAUCCUCGGCGCUGUUGUAUUGCACCUGCGAUAUCCUAAUGCUCAUACGCAUUGGUUCAGCCAGCUUCUGCUCCAUCUCUUCUCGGAAGUCAAGGAUUCGCGCUUUAGGGAGGUCAUGACGAAGGUUCUCUUGGAGCGUUUCAUCGUACAUCGGCCACAUCCUUGGGGCGCACUCGCCACGUUCAUUGAGCUUCUAAGCAAUCCGAAGUAUGGCUUCUGGAACGAGGACUUUGUCCGAGUCACCCCCGAGGUCACCCUCCUCCUGGAAAGCGUUUCGAGGUCUUUAGUUCUCUAGAAUCGUGAUCGCUGUUGUCCCUGCUAUCUGUUCUAUAUCUGUCUGCCUCUUUGCUUUGGGUUUUUAUUGCACCACACAUCACUGUAUUGUAUCAUCUUAGUUCACGACCGCAUUGUUCAAGGCUGUUCCUUUCCUGGACUUUGAUUACGACUACUGUUUAUAACCCACAAGCGUACUUUAUAUCCCACUGUAUCACAAGGCAAUACAUCGUCAUCCGGUAAUUUCAGCUCAGUCUAACCAUGACAUGCCCUCAUUCCAUGUCCAGCCUGGACCCCAGAGACCCGCUCCCUUCACACCUGCGGCUCCUCGUUGAUCGAUAGAACUUCCGCUAAUGACCAACCAAUCUGGCACGGUGACACCAGUCCGGACAGGAAACAGCUUUACUACGCGCUCCAGAGUCAAAGGGUCAUCUGCGAGCAUGAAGACCACGUUAUCGUCCGAGCGAGUCGGGUGCGGGUGUAGAAAUAUGGCACCCACGGAGUCACCGCCCAAUGAACGACCUUGCAGUGCCAACGCGGUACCCUGGAUAGCAAACGGCGUCUCCCCGCGACCCAAACACCAUGUCGUGAAAUUACCGGACGUGUUCCCGAUGACGACUAGGGUGCCCCCUCCUACCUGAUCCUCCUGUACUAGCCGCAUCAAAUGAUCGUCAGUGAUGAUUUCCGCGUCCAGCUUAUGAUACAGGUUGAGGACAUGGGCAAGUCGCAGGGCAACCGAGAGUGAUCGGGUCUCCCUAGUAUCGGAGAUAACAAUGAGCACAGGCCCCUUGGAUGAUAAAGCUGUCGACAUGCGGCCGGAAGGCUGAACAUUAUCGACUCCUAUACUCGCAACAUCAACCUGAAAUCUGAUCAUCUCUACCCGAUAUAAGAUGCGAAUGGCUGAGGUGACGUACAUAUACCUGACCCGGACGAUCAACUGAGAAUCUGAGACGGACAGAGCCAGCCUCCUUUGCAGAAGUGGCUAUCGACACGUCAAUUCCGUUGAUAACCAAAUCACCAGUAGGCAGAUUGCGGCUAUGGAUGGAGAACGUCCGGAUAUUGACCGUCCUGACCUCCGUGAAGUUAUCACGUUGGGAGACCACCAGUCUCCCUAGCCUUCCGGGUGUAUGCAGACUCUCGACGCUCCAGCCAUGGAAUGUUCCGGAUUCAGAUGGGACGGAAACGGUCAAUGUAUACGUUUCCGUCGUAGAUAUUGUGUGAUUCUGCGUCGCAUGAUCCAAGAACGCUUGUACUUGGUCGCUAGCUAGAACUGAAGGAUAAUAGUGGGGCAUUCCAGGAUCUUCUUUCAAGCUGACAUUGACUGUUGGAUUCCAAGAUUUCAAGAUGCCGAUGUAUUCUCUUGAAUGCCACACAGGUACAUUCUCAUCGAGCCCCCCAUGCACUGCGAGGACAGGGGUGUUUACCAGGUUCGACAGGAAUAGAUCAUUGUCGUCAGGCGUCAACGAUGUCUCAAGAAUUGCACGGAGCGCUGGGUCUAUGAAAUGCGCGGACCUAGACUGCGUUAGUGGCACGUAUGAUUGCGAUUUGAUGUAACCGCUAGCAGGCACCGCGGCUAUGACGCGGUCCGGGUAUCUGGAGGCCAUGUACCAUGUACCCUGCCCACCAUUGGAAUGGCCGACGAGGAUCACGCGAGCAUCAUCUGGUAGUCUCCAAAGGUGCCAAGGGGUGUGGCCUUUCAAGAUGGCACCUAGGGCAUCUACACUUUGCCAUGCAUCCUGCGCACUGGGACCAUGCCAGUCCAAUCCCUAAGAAGUGCGGCCGGUGGGC